GGGAGGGGAGGGGAGGGGAGGGGAGAGGUGCUCCCCCUGCCAGCGCUGGGGGAGCCGCUGCGCCAGCGGCGUAAGUGGCCGCGCGGGGGUCCCGCGGCCUCAGGGGUGGGCGGAGCGGGGGGGGCUGCGGCCGCUUCUCCCACCCCCGCGGGCGCCGGGCGCGGAGGCCGGAGCCGGGCCCCGAGCUUCCCGUCGAGCCGGCGGCGGCGGCGGCGGAGGAAGCGAGCGGAGCCGGGGCAUGGAGGCCGCCCGGCCGGAGGCGCCCGGCCCUCAGUAGGGCGCCCCGUGGGGCCCAUCCCGCCUCCCCGGAGCGGGCCCGCGGCAGGGCCCGGGCGCGGCGAGGAGGAGGAAGAGGAGGAGGAGGAGGAAGAGGCGGCCCGGGACCCGCGCAGCAGAGGAGGAGCCGGCCCAAGAAGAAAAUGAAAAUCUUCUCUGAGUCUCAUAAAACUGUUUUUGUUGUGGAUCACUGCCCAUAUAUGGCAGAAUCCUGUAGACAGCAUGUUGAAUUUGAUAUGUUAGUAAAGAAUCGGACACAAGGAAUUAUACCUCUAGCACCCAUAUCAAAAUCGCUAUGGACCUGUUCAGUGGAAUCAUCCAUGGAGUACUGUAGAAUAAUGUAUGAUAUUUUUCCCUUCAAAAAGCUGGUAAAUUUCAUUGUGAGUGAUUCUGGGGCUCAUGUCUUGAAUUCUUGGACCCAAGAAGAUCAGAACUUGCAAGAAUUAAUGGCAGCAUUAGCAGCUGUUGGUCCACCUAAUCCUCGGGCAGAUCCAGAAUGCUGCAGCAUACUUCAUGGUCUGGUUGCAGCAGUUGAAGCGCUUUGUAAAAUAACAGAAUACCAGCAUGAGGCUCGAACCAUGCUCAUGGAGAACGCAGAACGUGUUGGAAAUAGAGGAAGAAUAAUCUGUAUUACCAAUGCAAAAAGUGACAGUCAUGUUCGAAUGCUUGAGGAUUGUGUUCAGGAAACCAUUCAUGAACAUAACAAACUUGCAGCUAAUUCAGAUCAUCUAAUGCAGAUCCAGAAAUGUGAAUUGGUCUUAAUCCACACAUACCCAGUUGGUGAAGACAGCCUUGUUUCAGAUCGUCCUAAAAAGGAGCUUUCACCCGUUUUAACCAGUGAAGUGCACAGUGUCCGUGCAGGACGGCAUUUGGCUACAAAACUGAAUGUUUUAGUACAACAACACUUUGAUCUGGCUUCAACCACAAUAACUAACAUUCCUAUGAAGGAAGAACAACAUGCUAACACAUCAGCCAACUACGAUGUGGAGCUUCUUCAUCACAAAGAAGCACAUGUUGACUUUUUAAAAAGUGGUGAUAAUCACGUAGGUGGCAACAGUAGAGAAGGCACAUUUAAAGAAACUGUAACAUUAAAAUGGUGUACUCCCCGAACAAAUAGUGUAGAAUUACACUAUUGCACUGGAGCAUACAGAAUUUCACCAGUAGAUGUAAAUAGCAGACCUUCGUCAUGCCUUACUAACUUUCUCCUUAACGGUCGUUCUGUUUUGUUGGAACAACCACGCAAGUCUGGCUCUAAAGUAAUUAGUCACAUGCUUAGUAGCCAUGGAGGAGAAAUUUUUCUGCAUGUAUUAAGCAGCUCGCGAUCAAUUCUAGAAGAUCCCCCAUCAAUUAGUGAAGGUUGUGGAGGAAGAGUCACGGACUACCGAAUUACAGAUUUUGGUGAAUUUAUGAGGGAAAACCGAUUAACUCCUUUUCUAGAGCCCAGAUAUAAGAUCGAUGGAAGUCUUGAAAUUCCAUUGGAACGUGCAAAAGAUCAGUUAGAGAAACAUACUCGUUACUGGCCUAUGAUUAUUUCUCAGACUACCAUCUUCAACAUGCAAGCUGUAGUGCCAUUAGCCAGUGUGAUUGUAAAAGAAGCAAUGACAGAUGAGGAUGUUCUGAAUUGUCAAAAAACAAUAUAUAAUUUGGUAGAUAUGGAGAGGAAAAAUGAUCCACUGCCAAUUUCAACAGUUGGUACCAGAGGAAAGGGUCCAAAAAGAGAUGAACAGUACCGGAUUAUGUGGAAUGAAUUGGAAACCCUUGUUCGAGCACACAUCAACAACUCUGAUAAACACCAGCGUGUCUUAGAAUGUUUGGUGGCUUGCAGAAGCAAACCUCCAGAAGAAGAAGAACGCAAGAAACGAGGCAGAAAGAGAGAAGAAAAAGAAGACAAGUCAGAGAAGUCAGGAAAAGACUAUGAACAAGAUAAGCCAUGGCAAGAAUCAGAAAGGUUAAAAGGUCUUUUGGAUCGUGAAAAAGAAGAAUUAGCAGAAGCUGAAGUUAUAAAAGAUUCCCCUGAUUCUCCUGAGCCACCCAACAAAAAGCCUCUAAUAACAAUGGAUGAAAUGCCUGUAGUAGAAAAGGCAAAAGGGCCAAUGUCCUUGCUGUCUUUAUGGAGCAACAGGAUUAAUACUGCCAACUCUAGGAAGCACCAGGAAUUUAUUGGUCGUUUGAACUCUGUCAACAAUAAAGCUGAACUAUAUCAACAUCUGAAAGAAGAAAAUGGGUUGGAAACGACAGAAAAUGGAAAAGCAGGCCGGCAGUGAUGAUUGUUUCUUUGAACAGAUUUUAGUGAAAUCGAGGAAAAAAAUGAAGUUGGAAUUGAUAUUGGUACCAUUUCAGUACAACUUUUUAGUUGUUUUGAUUCUUUUUCACAUUUUUCUAUUUUUUCUAUGAACUCUAAAAUCAACAUAUCAUACUUACUGAAUGGUGUGCAAAUAGCGUCUCUUAAACUAUUGUACAGUCAGCUUUUUUAGUAUGAAGAAAGCCUCUGUUGCCGUGGACUAAAUGAAAUCAUCAGAUAUGUUGAUCUGAAUUUGAAGUCCUUUCCCAUAAGUAUUUUCAUACUUCAAAAUCAGUGGUGACUGACUGUUCAAAGAACUUCAGUUUCAAUCGAUAGUUAACUGAUAAUAUAUUUCAGAUUAUAAUACUUUCAUUUAUAGGAAACUUCUCAGGCAUCCAGAAUUAUGGAGAAGACCGCACACUGAAUACCUAGUCACUGAGCUGAGAAUGUGUCAGUCUUAGUUUUCAUGUAAGGGGGUUGGGGGGAUGAGUGGUUUUAAAGACAGAGUGUUGGCUUAAGGGCUUUUUAAAAUUUGUUAGAAAUGAUCUUUAGAAAGCAAAGCAUUUUGGAUUGUUAUGCUGGAAUUGAGUCUUUGUUUUUAAAACAAAAUAAAAAUAAAACUUUUGCUAACAAAUAAUUUUUUUGAUGAAAUAUACACUCUAAACCAACUGUGGCUUUGGGUCUAAGCUUUGUGAACAUAAAAGGGAGACUUAUUCUGAAUACCUGAAUAUGACUAUUAAAUGACAACGUAGAUGAUAA